UUUUUUUCUCCCGUAUUUCCAGGUAUCUCAUAUGGAAACUUGCCAUCAUCUGCGGGGAAAUUUGGCUGCUGGGCGUUCCUUGCACAAAUUUCCAGCCAUCCUAAGGAAGAUGUGUUCUUGUUUCACCUGGAUAUAAGGCACCUGUGGCUGAAGGAGACUGAAAGCCAGCACAAGAGAGCCGGAAAUACAUUUGGAGCGGAUCACUUCAUCAACCUUCUGUCCGACAAGCCGGCCCAGCAAAUCAUGAGUGCCACGGGGCUCCAUUCAAUGCUCCUUCUUUUGAUGUUGGCUGGGAUGGUAGUGGAGAUGGAAGCAGCAGAUGAUUUGGAGACCUUCAAAUGGGAGCAUGUCAAUUAUCCAGCUCCAAAGGUCAAAGAUCGUGACUACUGCAACAACCUCAUGAUGGAGAGAGGUUUGGAUAACAAAAGGUGGAAUAUAUUCAUCAACGCCUCAGACGUCCAGCUUUGGAAGUUCUGCAGGGAUAAGGAUGGGAAACCAUCAACAAAGAAGGAGUGGUCUAGCGCUUCUUCAUUUGCACUCACUUUGUGCAAGUUGCGUCGCACAAGUUCUGAGGAAAACACUAAUAACUAUGCCACUUUUCUCUUGCACGAACAUCUUGGUAUUCGGUGCAGAAAAGGGAAGCCCAUUGAUGUGGAUGGAAUUGGUAGACAAGAGUUAAGGUAUUCCUCCCUUAAUUUGGAGGACAUCAAUGCCAAUAUGGGGGAUUUAGAUCUGGAAUUGUCUUUCUUCCCUUAUCCAGAACCAGCUCUCUUGGGGGGAUAAAAUGGCUCCUUGUUCCCAGCAUUCCAACUCAAUCACGUGUUUUCCAGAUAUCUUUUCAUUUCGAGGUCCUCCUCUGUAAUCUCUCCCUCCGUCUUCCUGGAGUUUGGUCUGUCAGCUUUUUGCACAGUCUCUUCACGAAUGGCUUAUCAUUAAUCUCUGCUGGCCUUCCUCGGAGAGCAUUCAUGCAUUUCCUUGCACACACACACACACCUACACACAAGCGCCCCAUCUUCAUACCUUGUCUCAGAACGGUCCUUCGUUGAAAAGGGCUAUAUUAAUAACCUGGUGGCUGUUCCCAUAAAAGCCCAAUAUUGUUUCAGUGAGAUCCAACCUGCGGAAAAUCAGUACUCCACCUGAUCCAGCCUUUUAAACAUCUUAGCUAGGUUGUUGACAAAGUACCAAGUUUUGUGUGAUCUUAUCCUGCAAAGAGGUUUUAUGCUUUUCUGC